AUGCUCCUCCGCUCCAUCCCCCGCCUCUUCUUCCUUCGCUCGUCCUUCCGCCAUCGUCGAGCCCACCGCUACCGGCGGCUCACCAUGCUCGCAAUCUUCACCAUCGCCGCCCUUCUCGUCACGCCCUUUUACUUCAUCUACAAGCCACCCCAGUUCCUCAUCCGCUACCUCCAACACCGCUGGCCAGAUGUCCUCUUUCACGUUCCCACCUCCUCCAAACUCGUUGCCCUGACCAUUGACGAUGGCCCGUCACAGUAUACAUCCGAGCUAGCCAAUAUCCUAAAAGAGAACGACGCGACCGCAACAUGGUUCAUCAUCGGGGGCCAAGUACCUGGCCGGGAGCAAGUGCUACGAGACCUGGUCCAGAACGGGAACGAGCUGGCAAACCACGCCAUGCACGAUGAAACAUCCAAAGCACUGAGCGAAGACGCCUUGCGCGAGCAAAUUGGGGCUGUACAAGGUAUGAUUCAGCAGGCUUAUGCGGCCUUGGACCCCAAGAGGGAAUACCCAAAGUAUUUCCGGCCCGGUGGGGGCUUUUUCGGCGCAAGGAUGCAAAAGCUCUUGGGCCAAUUAGGGUAUCGACUGGUGUUGGGUGAUAUCUAUCCCCAUGACCCGUUUGUGCCCUAUUGGCGGGUCAAUGCGAAGCACAUCCUGAGCAUGCUACAUCCGGGCGGCAUCAUCAUCUGCCACGAUAGGCGGAGUUGGACGCUCCCAAUGCUGCGGAAGGUGCUGCCGGAAAUUCGACGGCGAGGCUAUCGGAUUGUUACUGUGACGGAAUUACUAGAGAGCACGAAGCGGCGCUAA